AUGGGCGUCGCGUGCGGGAUGCGGCGCCAGGCUAGCGGCGGUCUCGGCCCCUGCGGGGGAACCCUGGAGGGUCGCCUGGCCGGCGGCGGCGAUCGGGAGGCCGAGACGGGCCCCAGCGAGGAGUUCCCGGUCGUGGGGUCCCCCACGCCGUUCGAGGUGGUGCCGUUCUACCGCGGCGGGCCGGCCAGCGCCGACAUCCCGUCGUCUUCGGCCUGCUCGUCGACGACUCAUUCCUUCGCGCCGAUCAGGCCCGUGGUCACCGACCUGGAGGCGGCCGGGCUGACCAGGCAGGGCCAGGCGACCAUGGAGGUGCGCAGCACGUGGACCUCCAACCCCUUCCUGCUGUCCAGCGGCGGGGGGCGGUCGCAGUGCGGCGGGGCCAAGACGUGCGCCCAGGAGGCGCUGGAGCAGGAGCACCUGAAGGGGAUGACGGACAUCUUCAGUUCGUCGCAGAGCGCGGCGUCCUCCGCGGGGGACAGAAGCGGCGGGGAGUCGUCGUCGUCGGCGGCCGCAUGCGCAGCCUUCGGCGGCUUUGCGCCGGCGAAGUCGGCCGAUCGGCGGAAUCAGCUGGUGGAGGACAUCUUCAACUCGUGCAGCGAGAUGCGCAGCGCGCGCGGCGACCUGUACGAGUCUUCCAAGGACAUCUUCGCAACGGCAGAGUCGCUGGCCGAGCCGCAGUCGAUGAGCAGGUCGGGAUCGGGCCGCCUGCUCUACCAGCAGGCGGCGCCCGUGAGGGAGGUCCCGCCGCCGGGGGGCCCGCUGAUGUCGUUCUGGGACGUCGACUCUCGCGGCUCCGCGGGGCUCAACUUCGUGUUCGUGGACGACGGGUCGGUGAGGGACAACGGCCUGUGGGCGGACGGCGCCAUGACCAGCGCCAGCACCACGAUCGACUCGGUGGGCCUCAGCACGGCCGACAUACAGCUCGUGCUGUCGUCCGCGAUGUCCUCCCGCGGGGGCGGCAAGGGGGGCGGGAUGCCGCAGCUGUGCUACUCGCUCGAGCUUGACACCUGCAUGCCGUUCUACGACAACACGUCGACGGGCGGAGUCAAGGACGGCUACCCUGCCGGUCCCUACAACGUCUCCUUCGACUUCGUUAGCAACAGCUUCAGCACGGACCUGGAGUGCGCGAUGGCGCGGCAGGCCAGCGGCGGUCUGCUGCACGUGACCACCGCGGGCCCCAGCGCCCCCGAGCUGCUGUCCAACUUCCUGCGCAGCACCAACGGGGAGACGGAACAGCAGCUGCUGGCGGCGGCGCGCGGGGCGGGUGGCGUACAGCAGCGCCUGGUCUCGCGGGCCCUCCCCGAUGGUGGCUUCCUCGACAUGCCGUCCUUCGACAACCGCUCGCGGACGUUCAGCGACUCCGAUCUGUCCGAGGCACACGGGACGUGGGCCCUGGACGUUGCGGCCCUGCGCAGCGGGAUACACGACCGGGUGCAUCACGCCGAGCGUGGCAAGCAUCAACAACUCGGGCUGGCGUGGCAAGUGCAGGAAAAGGUGUCUGCUGAAGAUUGGGUGGAGGAGGAGGCGACGGGCGCCAGGGGGGAAGAAGAGGCGUCAGGGGGCAAGGCUGCAGAGUGCGCGGGCUGCGCGGGCGUGGAGUCGGUCGACUCCGCGGCCAAGCCGCCGAGGAUGAAGCGCGGGUCGAUGGAGAGCCGCCAGUCGCUGCUGGCCCCCGAGAUCGAGGCGGCGGAGGGUGAGGAGAGGGCCGCCGGGCCGGCGACGUCCUCGCCGGGGCGCGGCGGGCCGUCCAGGAGCCAGCUGUACGACUCGUCGCGGUCUUGGGUGUCGCAUCUUUCGGGAAGCGGGCGGAACAGGCAUGCGUGCGGGACCAGCCGGUCGGAGCCGCCCGGCAGGGGGGGCUGCGAUCAGGGGCGGCUGUUGAGGGCGGUGGGCAGGUUGCUGGGCAAGUGGACGGCGUGCUUCAAGCCGGCGCCCGGGCGCCUCCUGGCAGCUUGA